AAGAACUCUCUGAAAAGAAUCUCCCAAUCAUAAACCAGUGCCCGAGUAUCUUCAGCAGUCACUAAUGAAAUCUUUAUAUCCAGAGCAUAACAAAUAUCAUAGAUUCUCUUUUUCAAUAAAACAACGAAGCAUGAAGAAACAAACUUUGCUUUUGGGAUCAUUAAACUCAAAGAAUAACGUGAAACUUUUGUGCUGCACUUCCUUCCUUCACAUCACAAUAAAACUGGAAAUUGAUGCCAUCAUUUAUAGCUUCCCUCCAUCUCAAGUAUACUUUCCUUCAAAAUUAUCUGUAGUUAUUUUAAGUUAUAUUUGGUUGUUUACAGCAUCAAAACAAUUUGAGCUUGCUCUAACCACGACAGAAUUAUCUCUUCCACAAUAUUUUGUAGACGUUUUCCCCAAAUUUCUAUGCCAAAAUAGGAUCCUUCUCUUCAAAUUCCUCCUGGUGUUUGGUGAAAUUAAAAUGUCAAUUCGAACAAACAAGAUGAAAGCAGUACCUGUGUUGCUGAAGCAGUUGAUGAUAGCAAGGAGGAAAUUCCAUGAAAGGGGAAGAGAUGAAUCAUUGGAUAAGAAGCUGGAGAAGUUGAGGUUGGAUCUGAACAGAAUAAAGGAUGUGUUUGUAAGAGUGAAGAAGAAGGAAGAAGAAUUGCUUGACACAUUAGCAGAGGUAUAUGGACAUCUUCGCAAAUUAGACCGCGGGAAGCUGGAUGAAGACAUGGAUGGGAUUUGUAAGAGAAUCAGAGAUUCUGCUCGCAAACUGCUCCCAGAUGAUGGUUUUGAUGAGUCAUAUAAGAAGGAGGAUGAGAAGGGUGGCAAAAUAUCUCACACAUCACAAGAGUUGGUACAGCCCCAUGAGAACAAGAGUUGGACUGCGGAAGAUUUUUACCUGUUAGACGAUCGAUUAAAAGUUUUCUUGGGGAGUCUCCAAAUUUUCCCUGAGAACGCUGUGAUAAGGAAAAGAAUUGCCAUUAAUUUGUGGAUUGGAGAGGGUUUGCUUGAGAAUACAGAGAGCAAAACAACAGAGGAAUUGGGUGAAGAUGUGAUUAGUGAUCUUUUCAAGUUGAAUUUGAUUGUGCGCUAUGCUAAAGGAAAGAGUGUCCUCCUUGCCAAUAAAUUUCAAAUUCUCCCUAGCGUCCGUCGUCAAAUGGGGUCAUAUUUAUUAAAGAAAAAUGUAGAGCAUCGAGGACAAUAUUUUAUAGCAAGCAUUUAUCUGCAAAAAGGACCAUGGCGGUUACAGCUUGAGCAAAACAAAGUUACACUAGGUGAUGAUUUACAUUUGAUUCGCGGUAUCAUCAUAGGUUCUAUUUUUAAUAUUGGUGCAAGUUAUCUGAAUUUUAGAUUGUCAUGGGUCACUGAAUUUAAGAAUUUAGAGGUGUUUCAACUUGGACGUUGGCAAGAUUCAGCAUUGCAUCACAUCGAAGUUGGGAGUGAAGAAUUCUUGAAAGAGUUGAGAUAUCUAAAGAAGUUGAAAUAUGUGAGUCUCCGUGGGAUUUCAAGAAUAUUCGAGCUUCCAUCCUCCAUUGCUGAACUUGAGAAGCUACUGAUUCUUGAUGUGAAAGCAUGCCAUAAUUUGGAAAGACUACCUGAUGAUAUUUCAUCAAUGAAAAGUCUGACACACCUUAUUAUGUCUGAUUGUUGCUUACUGGAGGGCAUGCCAAAGGGGAUUGAGAAGCUCACUAAUCUGGAAGUACUCAAGGGAUUUUUAAUAAGCACUUCUGAAAAGACUCCUUGCAAGAUAUCAGAUCUGGUAAAGUUGGGAAAACUAAGACGACUCAGCAUACGUAUCGGAAGUGAGGCCGAGAUCAGGGAUGGGGAGUUUGAAGGUUUGAAAGAUUUUUCAGCACUUGAGCAUCUGAAGAUAUCUUGGAGUGUGUCUGAUCCAAAGUAUGCUAACAUUAAUGUCCUUCUACCGUCAAGUUUGAAAAAGUUACAUAUUGAAUGUUUUCCUGGAAAGUCUUUGGAAGAAUGUUUUAUGCCAGGUGAAUAUUUUCCUAGAAAGUCUUUGGAAGAAUGUUUUAUGCCAGGUGUUCAUGGUAGAUUCAGAUUUAUAUUGACAGAGCUAAAUAUAACCGGAGGAAAACUAGAAAGUAUGGAAGUAGAUUUUGAAUGGUGGAGAGUGAAAAUAGUUCGUCUGAAGUACCUUAAGCAAUUGAACGUGGACAUAGAUGAUUUGAAAGCAAUGUUUCCUCUUCUGAAAUAUGUAGAAAUUAAACAAGUCUCAAACAUUUCAUACAUUCAACAUGAAUGGGACAUAUGAAUCUGAUAGUGAAUGUUAAGAGAGGUAAAGUCAAGUUUAUGUCAAAAUGUUGUGUAUAUUUUUUUGUUCUCUGAAUAUUUUGUU